GACAGUCAGACAAGUGUGACCUUCCAGUCUCACAAAAACCUCCUCUCUGUCCACAGAUUGAGAGUUAGAGCUGCCUCCAAUCUCCAGCUUGAUGUCUAGUUUAAAGGAAAUAUGCAGCGGUUUACCCCUGAAUCCUUUACCGCCCAACCGAGGGCGAGAUCCCAGUGUGCCGCAUGCACCUAUUCGAACUCCCAACCUCACAGCAGAGGAGGAGCGGCUGGCCCUGAGAAACGCCCUGCGUUACUUCCCCGCCUCCCAUCACGCGACUCUCGCCCCCGAGUUCGCCCAGGAGCUGCGGCAGCACGGCCACAUCUACAUGUACCGCUUCUGCCCCGCGCUGCGCAUGAGGGCGUACCCCAUAGACCAGUACCCGUGCCGCACACGACAAGCAGCGUCUCUGAUGCUGAUGAUCAUGAACAACUUGGACCCAGCUGUGGCUCAGUUCCCCCAGGAGCUUGUGACCUACGGGGGGAACGGACAGGUGUUCAGUAACUGGGCCCAGUUCCACCUGGUGAUGCAUUAUCUGAGUCAGAUGACAGACGAGCAGACGCUGGUGAUGUACAGCGGCCAUCCCAUGGGCCUGUUCCCCAGCCUGCCGUCCUCCCCGCGGGCCAUCAUCACCAACGGCAUGGUUGUCCCGAAUUAUUCCUCCAGAGAGCAGUAUGAAAAGAUGUUUGCUCUGGGCGUUUCACUGUACGGCCAGAUGACAGCAGGCAGCUACUGCUACAUUGGACCUCAAGGGAUCGUCCAUGGCACCAUGCUGACUGUGCUGAAUGCAGGUCGGAGGUACCUGGGAUCUGGUGACCUGAGGGGGCGUGUCCUAGUGACCUCCGGCCUGGGGGGCAUGAGUGGCGCGCAGGCUAAAGCGGCCGUCAUCGCCGGCUGUGUCGGCGUCGUGGCAGAGGUGGACGAGGCUCCUCUCAGGAAGAGACACGAUCAGGGCUGGCUGAUGGAGGUCACCAGCAGCAUGGAGCACUGCAUUCAGCGCAUCAGAGAAGCCAAGAGCGCCAAGGCCCCUCUGAGUCUGGGUUACCAUGGCAACGUGGUAGACCUCUGGGAGAGGCUGGCGUUGGAGCAUGAGCGCACGGGGGAGCUCCUGGUGGACCUGGGCUCGGACCAGACGUCCCUCCACAACCCCUACAACGGAGGCUACUACCCGGUCCAGAUCAGCUUCCGCCAGGCCAACCAGCUCAUGUCCACCGACCCCAGCCGCUUCCGCGACAUGGUCCACGAAAGCCUCCGGAGACACGUGAGGGCCAUCAACAAGCUGGCUGACGCGGGGAUGUUCUUCUGGGACUACGGCAACGCUUUUCUCCUGGAAGCCAAGAGAGCUGGAGCAGACGUAGCGAAGGCUGGUGGAGCAGCUACAGAAUUUCGCUAUCCAUCUUAUGUCCAGCACAUUAUGGGGGACAUUUUCUCUUUGGGCUUCGGCCCGUUUCGCUGGGUGUGCACGUCUGGCGACGCCCGGGACCUCGCCGUGACGGACGAGCUCGCCGCCGCCGUCCUGGAGGCGGCCGGCGCCAGCGUGUCUGACCGCAUCAGACAGCAGUACAGCGACAACAUCCGCUGGAUCAGAGAGGCCGGGAAGCACAAAAUGGUCGUGGGAUCCCAGGCCCGAAUCCUCUACUCUGACCAACGAGGAAGAGUCAGCAUUGCUUUGGCAAUAAACCAGGCUGUAGCUGAGGGGAGAGUUUCAGCUCCUGUGGUCAUUAGCAGAGACCAUCAUGAUGUCAGCGGCACAGACAGCCCCUUCAGGGAGACGUCUAACGUCUAUGACGGCUCUGCCUUCUGUGCAGACAUGGCGGUCCAGAACUUUGUCGGCGAUGCGUUCAGGGGCGCCACGUGGGUGGCGCUGCACAACGGCGGCGGAGUCGGCUGGGGGGAAGUGAUCAACGGGGGGUUCGGCUUGCUCCUGGACGGGUCCGAGGAGGCAGCGAAGCGCGCCCGACUGAUGCUCAACUGGGACGUCUCCAACGGGGUGGCCCGUCGCUGCUGGUCCGGGAACCUCCACGCCUAUGAGACCAUCCAGCGCGCCAUGGAGGAGCACGGCCAGCUGCGCGUCACGCUGCCCGUGCCCGUCCAGGACGAGCAGCUGCUGGACCGGGCCCUGCAGGGCUAGCCGGCACCGGGCAGCGCUGGAAGCUCCAGUCGUAAUCACCUCACCUCAGUUGAAUUAAAGCUGCUUCGACUCUG